AUGAAACAAAAAGAGUCGCUUGCGCUGUGGUUGUCCUACUCCGCCGCACGAUUGCGUUGCGCCACCGCCACGCUAUUCCCUGUGCGCCGCGUCGCCGCCGCCGCUCGCCGCUGCCGUCUGCUGCCUUGCCAGUCGGCGUACGUGAAUACGGCGCGGAUGCUAUCUGUGAAGUGCGCUGUGUUUCGCUGUUCGGACUCUGUUGAAGAGAUGUCGACGUUGAGUAUGAGGGCGCCCGGUCUGCAGACCACCACGGUGCUGGACACGAGGACGCUUCGUAUGCGAGGCGUCACGGCGCUCGAAGGCGUCAGAAGAAAUUUGUUUGGAUCUACGGAUCGAGAAGAAAACAGAAGAUUUGUUGAGAGAGAGUUGGCACGCCAAUUGGAAUUGGACAGCCAGAGAUGGGGUUUUGACUUCGCCAAUGAGAAACCCCUGCCAACUUCUCAGAGAUUCGCCUGGCAACUUGUUCCCGCGUCUACUAUCCCCGCAGCUCUCAGAAGGUCACCGAUUACAGUCACAACUCCUGCUGCGAGCAAACCGACGCAGGAGGCUAAAGUUUCGAGUCCUGAGAACAGCAAGACACAGAAGAGAAUAACAGAUUUCCUGAAGCCCCGCAAGCGGUUAUCGACGAGUGGCAAGAAAUCCCCCGCGCACGCGCAUAAGCACGAGUGCGGGCACGGCGCGCACAUCCGCCCGCCGAAAGUAGCACGACUUGCGCCCGCGCACCUCAAGCGCACCAGCUAGGUCCUGCCCACUGCGGAGACAACACAGAAUUGAACGAACAGCUUCGGCAGCUACAAACAGAUGUACGGAGCCUGGCCGGGCUGGCCGGACUGGC